GCAAUCUAAAUCCAACCCUCUGAGAUCCUCUACACACACAGACAAGUAUUACUCGGCUGGCAUUCCUUCAGUUCUUUGUUAUAGUCCUGAAGUACUUUGAGGGAUUUAGGGUCUGAAUUGUGGAAACAUGGCUGUGUUUUUGUUUAUCGUGUUGGUCAGUGCCGGAGUCUUGCUGGCCACAUCUGGGGCUCAGGAUGACUUUGGCAAACUUUCAGAUGACUACAAGAAAGGAGUCGAACUCGCUGUCCAACAAUUAAACUCACAUGCUGGAGCCCAGAGCCAUUUUCUCUUCUUUAAAAGUCUGGAGAAGUCUGACAUUGAUGGUGGGUUUGGUGUGAAUUAUGUCUACCAUCACUUCUACGCUAAAGCCACACGAUGUCCUAAAGGAACCUCAAAUGCCAAUCCAACUAAAUGUGCUUUCAGAAAUGAUAGACCUCUUAUAGACUGUGGGAUCUGCUAUAGGAUGUUUAAAGGAGAGAUGCAGACUGAACCGAAACCUUAUGUGUACUGCAUACAAAAACCAAAGCUCACACAGGACAUUGUUGCAGAGAGAAAGGACCACUGCAGCAAAAUGAGUUAUAUUAAUGGAUCUCCGUCUCUCCUAGCAUCGGGAAGAAAACAAUAGAGAGGAAACCUAGCAGAGGACAUAUGCCAUUUAACCACUUAUUAAAACCAUGUUUAUGGUUGUCCAUUCUUUGUGAAACCUAAUUAUAGGCCUCUAUAAGACUGCAGAGUUAAAUAUGUGCUGUUUAUUAUGAUGACAGAUAAAAACAUUAGUCUUUAAGUCUGAAUAGAUCCAGUUUUGUUGAAUAUAUGACUUGUGCUGUGUGUAGCAAUAGACUAAAUAACAUUAUAUUACAUGACCAUAUUACACCAGUGUUUGUCAUUUUAGUGAGUUUAUUGGAGUUUUAUUGUGUAAAUAUUUUAAAAAGCAAGAAAUAAGACUGGAUGACUAAAUAUAACUUUCUGUGAUUUUAUUCUGUCGUGUGCUAAAAUUAGUAUCAAAAUCAAGCACACGCCCCAACAGUCGGUGAAAUGUAUUGGACAUUUAUGAGAUUCAUAACAGUUAUUCAACACAAUCUGAAUGACAUCUUAAAAUGUCUCCCACUAAUGAAUCACAGAUGGACAUUCCUGUUUUUAAGUGCACUUUUGUUAAAAAUAAAUCUAUAUCAAAAUCA